AAGGGGUCUGAUAGAAAAGUCCUAAAACCCUAAACCCUAAAAGAGGUUUCUAGACCUUUCCAGUUUUCCCGAACUAACCUCAACGAGCUCUCUUCCGGAGUCCUGACUCUCAUAUAACAGUUUCCUCUUCUGCUCGCAUUUCUCCUUCUGUACUAAAACCCUAGAAACCAAAAACUCUCUAGCUUUCUUUCCAUUUUCUUCUUCUCCUCUUCCCACCAUGUAUCGUGCUGCUGCAACCCUUGCAUCCAGAGCCAGGAUCUCUAGAAAUGGCAGCCAGCAGAUUGGCAGUCGGUUGAGCUGGAGCAGAAACUAUGCGGCAAAAGAUAUUAAAUUUGGGGUCGAGGCUCGGGCGUUGAUGCUUAAAGGUGUUGAAGACCUCGCAGAUGCUGUCAAAGUGACAAUGGGACCGAAGGGUCGUAACGUUGUCUUAGAACAAAGCUUUGGUGCACCCAAAGUGACAAAAGAUGGUGUGACUGUUGCAAAGAGUAUUGAAUUUAAGGACAGAGUUAAGAACAUGGGUGCAAGCCUUGUGAAGCAGGUUGCUAAUGCAACCAACGAUGUAGCAGGAGAUGGUACCACUUGUGCCACAGUCCUCACUCGUGCAAUAUUUGCCGAGGGUUGCAAGUCAGUUGCAGCUGGGAUGAAUGCGAUGGAUCUAAGGCGCGGGAUCACAAUGGCAGUUGAUUCUGUGGUGACAGACUUGAAGAGCAAGGCACGAAUGAUUAGCACAUCGGAAGAGAUAGCACAGGUUGGUACCAUAUCAGCAAACGGGGAAAGAGAGAUCGGCGAGCUGAUAGCAAAGGCGAUGGAGAAAGUUGGCAAGGAGGGAGUCAUCACCAUCGCUGAUGGAAAGACUUUGUACAACGAAUUGGAAGUUGUUGAGGGAAUGAAACUGGAUAGGGGUUACAUAUCCCCUUAUUUCAUCACUAACCAGAAGAACCAAAAAUGUGAACUUGAUGAUCCUCUUAUUCUAAUUCACGAGAAAAAAAUCUCUAGCAUUAAUGCGGUGGUGAAAGUGCUGGAGUUGGCUUUGAAGUUGCAAAGGCCUUUACUAAUUGUUUCCGAAGAUGUAGAAAGUGAUGCAUUGGCGACUCUCAUUCUAAAUAAACUUCGUGCUGGAAUUAAGGUCUGUGCCAUUAAAGCACCUGGUUUUGGAGAAAACAGGAAAGCCAAUUUGCAAGAUCUUGCCAUUCUCACUGGGGGUGAUCUCAUAACUGAGGAACUCGGGAUGAACCUUGAAAAGGUGGAACAUUCUAUGCUAGGCACAUGCAAAAAGGUGACGAUAUCUAAAGAUGACACUGUCAUUCUUGAUGGGGAUGGUGAUAAGAAGGCUAUUGAAGAAAGGUGUGAUCAGCUGAGGUCAGCAAUUGAAUCGAGCACAUCGGAUUAUGACAAGGAGAAGCUACAAGAAAGAUUGGCAAAGCUUUCAGGAGGCGUUGCAGUGCUAAAGAUUGGAGGAGCUAGUGAAGUAGAAGUUGGUGAGAAAAAGGAUAGGGUGACUGAUGCUCUAAAUGCAACUAAGGCAGCUGUUGAGGAGGGCAUUGUACCUGGUGGUGGUGUUGCUCUUCUUUAUGCGUCGAGGGAGCUGGAGAAGCUGCAAACUGCGAACUUUGAUCAGAAAAUUGGAGUUCAAAUUAUUCAGAACGCUCUUAAGACACCUGUGCAUAUUAUUGCUUCCAAUGCCGGAGUUGAAGGGGCUGUGGUUGUUGGCAAGCUAUUGGAGCAAGAUAACACUGAUCUUGGAUAUGAUGCAGCCAAAGGUGAAUAUGUCGACAUGGUUAAGGCCGGGAUCAUUGACCCACUGAAAGUGAUCAGAACUGCAUUGGUGGAUGCUGCAAGCGUAUCUUCAUUGAUGACUACAACUGAGGCUGUUGUCGUUGAACUACCAAAGGAUGAGAAGGAGGUUCCAGCUAUGGGCGGCGGCAUGGGCGGCAUGGAUUAUUGAAGGUCUGACUAGUUGUUAUCCAUAGAGAAAAUUGCUUGAAGAGGAAAUGAAAUGGUUAGGGUUUUUAAGGUGGGUCCCUCUUAUCCUUUUUCAUGCACCCUAUUGGCACCAGGACAGUUAGGCGGUUAGAGUUCUUCAUUUUAGGAGGCUAGCCAUUUCUGUAAUCAUAGAGAGGUCACUAGGAAGUUUUAAUCCUGCUGUGCUACAAGUGCCAUGACUGCAACGGGAUUGGUUUCUUGGAACGGAAAGAUUAAGAUGGUUUUUGAGAUGA